AUGCCCAAAGUUGUCUCUCCUCGCGGCCAGCGUAGAAACGGCCUCAAGGCACAACUCGACACAGUCAAAGUCGAAGAGGAAUACCGGAAAGGCGAUUACGAUUUGAUCAACGAAAUGGUAGAAGUCAUGCUCAAACACGUCAAGAGAUUGCUGAAUGGGUUUGAGGACCGUGGAGAGGUCAGGCAGGAGGAACUACUUCUUCAGUUGCAGAUGAUGAAUAUACGAAAGUAG